AUUGCCGAGUACAUGUUACUAUUUUCAGGCACGCAGGGCACCUCUUGACUUGACGGAUUUUCAAUAAGUGAAGGUGGGCGACGGUGUACGACGUGACAGUCUCGAGAUUCAAAUCGUUUUUCUCCGCGUGUGAUUCACCUCGCGGAACAUCGCGAACGAACAUUAGGGAUCUCCCUCCCUCCCCCUCCCACCUCCCUGACUUAAAAGCAGCACGGUUCGCGGUGCGGUGCGGUGCGGUGCGGUGUACGGUGCGGUAGUGGCGAACAAGCGAGAGAUUUGGUCAGGGCGGUGGAGUGGUGUGUUUGCGCGCGCGCGUGCGACGAGUGAGCGGAGCGGUGGCGAACUGCGAAGCGAAGCCUAGUGAAGACUUUUCCGCGAGUGAGACUUUUCCGAGUGGAGAAUAGUAAAAGACACGUCAGCGUUACACGGCAGACCGCAAGUAGCCAGAGUUAGGAGUAACGAUAGCAGCGACAGUGACGCAAGGCGAUGUCGAGCCACGUUCCGGCGACUGUCGACGCCUGACGUAAGGUCGCGUUCGUUCCACCGGAAAAUGAGAGACAGACCUCCACGUAGCAGCGAGCAGCUGAUGGCGGUCGUGUCCAAUGCUACUGAGAGCUGCUCCUAACAUACACGUCUACUCCAAACGUCGUGCAGUUCACCGUACAUCAGACGUGCGAGUAGCGAGGAGAAGGAAGUGGAGACGGAGUAGUAAUAGCAGUUGGUGGCGUUGUUCGGCAGUUGCCGGUCACCGCUGUGAAAAAGGAGUCGUCGGAGGAGCGUCGACGGUCGAGAGUCUCCGGCAUCUCUCCAUUCUACAUUCUUCAUUCUCCAUUCGGCGGAACGACGGAUUACGCCUGUCUGCUGACUGCUCCAAGCGAUUCCACUGGCGGUUCAGUACGACUCGACUCGGUGCGCGCGGUCGCACGUCGCGUGCGUGCGUGGGUGCGUACGUACGUGCGAGCGUGCGUGCGUACAAGCGAACGACACGCAAUCUGUGACAUCGUCGGAGGAGUCCUCGUCACCGAGUGAUCACUAACGAAAUCGUCAUCAUCAUCAGCAGUAACAGCAGUAACAGCAGUAACAGCAGCAGCAGCAGCGGCAGCUAUCUGCUACUGACCGGCGCUACUGCCGCUGCCGUCGUUGUCGAUUGAAUCCACCUUGCGUCGCGAGUGUAUUGAAUUGGUACCGAAUUGAGAUUGAGAAGGCAGAGAAUCGCCGGUUGGACAACACUUUACAACGUCGUAUCGUAGCUUCACAUACUUUUCGCACGGUGUAGGUGGGAGCACCUACGUUCGCGGAAGGAAGGAAGGAAGGAAAGAAGAAGAACGGACGGACGGACGGACGGACGGCAGACAGGCAGGCACACGGGCGUGCAUUCGUAUGUGACAACGCCUAGCCAUUUGGAGAUUAUCGCGCUCCCGGUGACGAUAAUAGCGACGAUCAGGAAGCCGGCUAAAGUUCGAUAGAGCAAGUACUACGUGAACGAAAUUGAAGAUUUCGGAAACGGCGAGAUCAGCGAGCUCUCUCGAUCUAAUCUACCGGAGGAAACGAGUUCUCCACGUGUGCUAUGCGCGACAAACGUCCUCCUUGGCAGAAUAUACUUCAUCAUCAUCCUCUACCUCUGCUACUUCCUCUCAUUGUUCGGUACACAGCGUGAAUGGUAAGGUAUGUUGAAGGAACGCGUGGACUGAGAACAGACAGGAGAGAAAGAGGAAGAAUUGAUGCGAUCGGGUGUAAAGCGUGACGUGCAUUGUGGUAACAGUGUGUGCCUUUCUUUCAUUUCCUCGUGAGUUCAGAGUGUGUUAUUCGUCUCACAGUCGCAGCCACGGAAUGCGGCCUCUUCGGGGCGGAGGUGAUCUUGGUCUUUAGUCGUGAGACCAGCCCGCUGUCUGCGGAAAGGUUCAAAACAUCUAGAGGAAAUAGACGCGAGCGCUCCCGUUUGAGCUUCACCAGGAUAGUGCCUCUGUUAAUGCCAAAAUGUCGUCAGGGGCCUUCGUCGACAGGAUAGAUCCCUUCGCCAAGCGAUCUCUCAAGAAGAAAUCCAAGAAGUCGCAGGGCUCCUCCCGCUAUCGCAACUCGCAGGAUGUUGAGCUUCAGCAGUUGCCUUUGCUUAAAGAUGUUAACGCUGCAGAGCAGGAGGAAUUGUUUAUCAAAAAAUUACGUCAAUGUUGCGUGGCGUUCGAUUUCAUGGACCCAAUGGCUGAUCUCAAAGGCAAGGAAAUUAAACGAAGUACGCUCAAUGAAUUAGUCGAAUAUAUCACAGCAGGGCGAGGUGUCCUCACCGAGCCUAUUUAUCCAGAAACUAUCAAGAUGGUUUCUGCAAAUCUAUUCCGUACAUUGCCACCUAGCGAAAACCCAGAUUUUGAUCCAGAAGAAGAUGAUCCAACCCUGGAGGCGAGUUGGCCUCAUCUUCAGUUGGUCUAUGAAGUCUUCCUUCGUUUUCUCGAAUCUUCAGAUUUCCAGCCUGCUAUUGGCAAAAAAGUUAUUGACCAAAAAUUCGUGUUACAGUUAUUGGACUUGUUUGACUCGGAAGACCCCAGAGAAAGAGAUUUCCUGAAAACCGUUUUGCACCGUAUUUAUGGCAAGUUCCUGGGUCUUAGAGCCUUCAUACGCAAACAGAUUAACAACAUUUUUUUGAGGUUUGUGUACGAAACAGAACAUUUCAACGGGGUUGGUGAACUUCUUGAAAUUCUGGGUAGCAUUAUUAAUGGAUUCGCUCUUCCUUUAAAAGUUGAGCACAAGCAAUUUUUGGUAAAGGUGUUGUUGCCACUACAUAAAGUGAAAUGUUUAUCGCUCUAUCAUGCGCAAUUAGCUUACUGUGUGGUACAAUUUUUGGAAAAAGACGCGACUUUAACAGAACCAGUUGUACGAGGCCUCCUUAAGUUCUGGCCUAAAACGUGCAGCCAGAAGGAGGUGAUGUUCCUUGGUGAAAUUGAAGAAAUAUUGGACGUUAUAGAACCUAACCAAUUUGUUAAAAUACAAGAACCUUUAUUCAGGCAAGUCGCACGUUGCGUGUCUUCACCACAUUUCCAGGUUGCAGAGAGAGCAUUGUACUUUUGGAAUAACGAAUAUAUAAUGUCUCUAAUUGAAGAAAACAACCAAGUAAUAAUGAAGAUUAUGUUUCCAGCAUUGUACAAAAUUAGCAAGGAACAUUGGAACCAGACGAUUAUAGCUCUUGUUUACAAUGUUUUAAAAACAUUUAUGGAGAUGAACAGCAAGCUCUUCGAUGAACUUACUGCCAACUAUAAGUUGGACAGGCAAAAAGAGAAAAGGAAAGAAAAAGAAAGGGAUGAGAUGUGGAAGAAACUGGCUGAAUUAGAACGACGCAAUACUCUCGACCGUAAUGCUCUCGCAGUUUCCUCCAAUAAUCCAGUUCCUGCCACUAAUACAUCUAUGAUGCGAACUCGUCCUUGAACUAGUGGAAGUAUGGUAUCACGCUGCCCGAUUGUUAGCUCUUACAAUUAGUUUACUUCGAUUGUUCAUAUACUACACCGCGCGAAAAAUUCUUGUUAAUGAAACUAAGUAUCUCACGAAAACAUUCUUGACGUAAUCCAUUUUAUUAAUGUAAUUCAUUUUAUUAAUUGUGAAUGAAAUAUGUAGUAGAAUGAUGAAAGCAGAGAAAAGAAAUGAAAAAGAGAAAAAGAAUUUAUCAUGCGAUCUUAUUCUUCUUUAACAAAAAUAAUAACAAAACAAAGGUGAUUAAUAAAUUCCAAAUGAUUUUAUGUGUACAUCAGAUAUA